GACGAACCAGUGCAGCAACGGCGACAAGGAGGAGUGAGCAAUGGAAGAUCCAAGGCCACAAGCAUCACCAGCAGGACUCACUGACACAAGGAGCCGUAGUGUGGAUGACAAGAGUAGUGAGCUGACGGAGAUGUGUCACUUCAAUGGCUGCACUGAACGCGUCCGUCCUGGGACGCGAAAGUGUGCGUUCCACCGGAAGAAAGGCAUUUGCCACAUCCACAACUGCCACAAUCAGGUGUACGCGCGAGGUUUGUGUGUCCGCCAUGGAGCAAGGAAACCUUGCAACUACCCCAAGUGCGAAGGAUAUGCACGAAACGGAGGCUUCUGCACGAGGCACGGCGACCGGCAUCCCAUCAAGUUGUGCUCUGUUCAGGGGUGUCAAAACAAAGCCCAUGCGCGGCAAAAGUGCGUUCGACACGGCGGAGGUCAGAAAUGCAAAGCUGACGGAUGCGUUAUGCAUGCGCGAACGGGCGGGUGGUGCUCCCGCCAUACCCCAGUGGAGGACCAAUAUCGACAGUCGGCUUUGGCGGCGGCGGUCGCGGUGAUGAGAUCUUCUAUGCCGCAGACCAAUCCAUCGACUGGAAUCUCCAUGAGUGACAUUUGCCAAGUCCUGUCAAACUCUUACGACCUCCCCACGCCUGUGAAUUUGAGUUUGGCCCAAUCCUGCACGACCCUUCCGUCCAUUAAACUGUCGUCCGACAGCAAGCCUUACUUUAUUGUCCACGAUAUUCCAAGCGACGAGGAACAAUCUGAAGGCGGCGACAUGUGACAUAUUGAAUGCGAGGCCUCGAGUAGUAUACUCUCUGUACAGAGUUUAGAAAUAUGUAGCGACGGCUCGUGGAGAUUUCACAAGGGUGUUUUCAAACCAACAACCUGUAUCCACGGCUACUACUCACUUUAUAACAUUACUGUACUACCGGUAGUGAAG